UCAUAUGGUCAUGUGCGUUUGAUUUGUCCAUAGCCGGCGAUUAGCUCGUUGAAAUUUUGUAGAAAUAAGAUAACAAUAUUGAGCAAUACGGAAUUGCGAAUGUAUGUAUAAUAGAGAUUAGUGUCAUACAUUAGCAUUGAUUGCGAUUCAUACGAGCGAGAACAGAAGUAGUUUUUUUCUUAUUCGGUGUGUGAGAUUCUUAGAGGUUAAUCAUGCUGCAAAUCUUUAGCCGCUCGAUGCGCUCAGCGCAGUUAUUCAGGAGGUGCACGGAAGUCACUUGUGUAUCGAGUACAAGGAAUUUAAAUCUCUUGGAGUAUCAGAGUAAAGAGCUCCUACGAGACUCUGGCGUAUCAGUACAAAACUUCGCUAUUGUCGAUGAUCUAACCAAAACAAAUUCUGCCUUAGAGAAGCUACGUACGGAUGAAUAUGUUAUCAAAGCUCAAGUCUUGGCUGGAGGUCGUGGCAAAGGCUGGUUUGAUAAUGGAUUCAAAGGAGGUGUACAUCUUACCAAAGAUCGUAAUGCCGUUGCAAAUUAUGUGAAGAAUAUGCUUGGUCAUCGUCUCAUUACUAAGCAGACUUCAAAGGAUGGUAUACUGGUACAAAAAAUUAUGAUAGCUGAAUCAGUCGAUAUUGCACGUGAGACCUAUAUCUGUAUCCUCAUGGAUCGACAGCAUAAUGGUCCAGUGCUGAUAGCAUCUCCAGCUGGUGGAAUGGAUAUUGAAGCAGUUGCCGAAAAACAUCCUGAACAGAUCAAAACCGUUCCACUCGACAUUUAUCAUGGAAUUGAUGACGAAAUAGCACAGGAUGUGAGCACUUUCCUGGGAUUCUCUGAUCCAGAUGUUCUUAAAAAAGCUGUGUAUGAAUUGAAAAACUUGUGGAAGCUGUUUGUAGACAUUGAUGCUUUGCAAGUUGAAAUUAAUCCAUUGGUGGAAACAACAGACAAGCAAGUGGUAGCGGUAGACGCAAAAAUCGCAUUCGACGACAAUGCUCAAUUUCGACAACAAGACCUCUUUGCAUUAGAAGAUAUUAGUGAGAAAGAUCCCAGAGAAGUGGACGCAUCGCGAUUCAAUUUAAAUUAUAUUGCUAUGGAUGGCAACAUAGGAUGUUUAGUUAAUGGAGCUGGCCUAGCUAUGGCUACAAUGGAUAUUAUCAAAUUAAAUGGAGGAUCGCCAGCUAAUUUUCUUGACGUUGGUGGUAGUGUGAAAGAGGAUCAAGUUUUCCAAGCGUUUAGAAUUCUCAGUGAAGAUCCAAAAGUUAAAGUUAUUCUUGUUAACGUUUUUGGAGGUAUUGUAAAUUGCACGACGAUAGCGAAAGGAAUUAUUACAGCAUCACGAAACUUAGGACUUAAAAUACCGCUUGUUGUGAGACUAGAAGGCACUAAUGUGACAGAAGCUAAGAAAGUUUUAGCCGAAUCUGGAUUACCUAUUCUCACAGCGAAUAACUUGGAUGAAGCGGCGAAAAAAGCAGUAACAUCUGUGAAGGCGUAAAUGUGUUGAUUCGAUAAUAUGGUGCCGGCUCAUCUAAGACUGAAAACCUAUCGUUUCACUGUAAGGGAACAAUAAUUUUACGCAAGAAACUUGGGUAGAGGAAUUAUUUCUAUAGAAUUUUUCGUAAUAGAAUUUGUCCGAAUACUUCCAUAUUAAUUUUUUCAUAGCAUUUUGAAUUCAAUAUUUGCACUCGUUAUAACAUCGCAUAUUAAUGUAUAAUGUUGUUGAACUUUUAUACAUUUUAUUAUUCAAUUAUGAAUUAUUUUAUCUGUUGCUAUAGCCUUUGAUUUGAAGUUGAUUUUAAUCAUUGUUCAGAGUAAAUUUAUCUCAUUAAUUAAUAUCUUCAAGAUUAUAAUUUAUGUAACGAUAUAAAACUGUACUUGUCAUUAGAAUUUUGAAGUCAUGCUUUGUUUAAACAAAGUUAGAAUGUAUAUCAUUGCCUUAUUUUAUUUUUAUACAUUUUAGAUUGUUGAUUCAAAUAUUGAACAUUCGUACUUCAACAAGUAAGAGUCUUUAUACAAAAUAAGGAUUCAAAAGUGAUAUUGAAUCCAAAUAUAGGUUUUGUUAGCGAUAUUUGUCUUGAAUUAUCUUUCCAGAUUUGUUUUGCUGCUAAUUCUCAUUAAAGUGUUUGUCUAUUUUAUUGCCUUGCGAACUGUGCAAGAUCGAGAAAUGCAAAACUUGCUUGAUAAUUAUAGUUUACGUUGAUUAAUUUAUUAUGUGAUUGACUUAUUUUUGCGAGUCAUUAUUACAUAAUGAAUGGAAACAAUUGUGUUCAAUUUCGCAUAGUUAAAAUUGGCGGCGAUACUGAUAAGUGUUGUGCAUGUAUAUACAUAUCUUGAUGUGUAAUUUUAUCCUUUUUUAGUUUUGUAAAUACAUUUAUUUUUGUUGGAUGGAUUUAUA